UCUGAACUGCUUCCGCUCUCUCUUCUUCUCCGACUGCCGUGCCCUCUAUUCCCAGCAAUGUCUAGGGUUCCCUCCAAGCAUUCUCGCGAUCAAGCUCAGGACUUUGAGGGGCUUCUGAAUAAUUUACAGGAUUGGGAAUUAUCAUUCAAGGAUAAAGACAAGAAACUUAAGUCACAAUCCCGAGGCAAGGAGAAGGCAGAUCUCCUUGCUCAAAGACAUAAUCAUAAUGUAGCAAAUGCUAAUCAGCUGUCUAGUAGCUCAAGAGUUGGUGAGAGACAUGCAGUUGAAAAAAAUGCCAAUGAGCAUAUUGGUGAUGCUGCUAAAAAAUAUGAUUAUUUGAGAAACUAUGAUGCAAUAAGGCAGUUAUCAAGUGGUUUCAUGACAGAAGAGAGUUCAGUUGAUGCAAACUCGGAGAAAGAGUUGGGCAAUGAAUAUUUUAAACAUAAGAAGUUUAAUGAAGCAAUUGACUGUUACUCUAGAAGCAUUGCAUUGUUGCCUACUGCAGUUGCUUAUGCUAAUAGGGCUAUGGCUUAUAUCAAAAUCAAAAGAUUCGAGGAGGCUGAGAGUGACUGUACUGAGGCCUUAAAUCUAGAUGAUCGCUACAUUAAGGCCUAUUCUCGUCGUUCAACAGCCAGAAAAGAGCUUGGCAAACUAAAAGAAGCCUAUGAUGAUGCUGAAUUUGCCUUGAGGUUAGAGCCACAAAACCAGGAGAUCAAGAAGCAAUAUGCAGAAGCCAAAUCUUUGCUAGAUAAGGAAAUUCUUAAGAAGGUAUCUAGAGCAUCAACAAGCUCUGUGCAAGGGUUGCAAAAAGCUGGAAAGCCAAAGGUUGAGACAAACAAAGCUGUAAAUGGGGUCAAACCUGUCUCCAGUGAUUUUAAUAGUGGAAUGGUGGCUGAAGUUCAGGAUGAUCAUACAAAGGGUAAUAAUGGAGAAAUUCCUUUAAAGACAGCUAUGCGACUUGAUGGUACUAGUAUGAAGACUAAGGAUCAAAAUGGAAAUGCUUCUCAUGAACCAGCUCUUCAGAACACUGCUUUGGAGACAACGAAGAGAAGCAGCACCAAUGGCAAGCAUGAGUUGAAGACAUCAGUUCAAGAGCUUGCCGCACGAGCUGCUACUCUUGCUAAGGCUGAGGCUGCUAAAAUCAUUGCACCUCCAAAUUCAGCUUACCAGUUUGAGGUUUCUUGGCGGGGGCUUUCUGGUGACCGUAGCUUACAGGCUCAAUUAUUGAAGGCAACUCCUCCAACUUCAUUGCCACAGAUAUUUAAGAAUGCCUUGUCUGCUUCAUUACUCAUGGAUAUUCUUGGGUGUAUUGCUACCUUUUUCGUAGAAGAUGUGGAUUUAGCUGUCAAAUUCUUAGAAAAUCUAACCAAAAUCCCAAGAUUCGACAUGAUUGUCAUGUGUCUUUCCUCUGCUGAUAAGGCUGACCUUUUCAGGAUGUGGAAUGAAGUAUUCAGCCAGACAACUCCAGAAUAUGCUGAGAUCCUCAGCCGUUUGCGCUCAAGAUACAGACUCCAGAACUGAUGGAUUUAAAGCUUUUUAGGUUGAUGCUCUAAACCAUGAAGGAUCAGUUUAGUCAUUUUGUUACUACUCUAUGUAAAAAGUAAGGCGAAUGUAUAAAAUAUUAUGUACAUAAUAAUUACUGGGAAUCAUUCUAAUUGUACUUCUGACAACUGUACUUAAAAAUGAAAUGGUCUAGCAGGUCGAAGGUGAUCAAGUUUUCAGUAUGAAUCUUGUUGGGUAACUGGUAGGCUAUCCGAGGUUUUGACCUAAUAAUCUUAAAUUCUCAUCUUCUAAUA